CGUGCGGCCACAGCGAGCUAAGAUGGCGACCGUGGACCCGGAAACCACCCCUACUCCUAAUCCCCCACCUCCAGAAGAAGAGAAAACAGAAUCUAAUCAGGAGGUUGCUAAUCCAGAACAUUAUAUUAAACAUCCUUUACAGAACAGAUGGGCACUCUGGUUUUUUAAAAAUGAUAAAAGCAAAACUUGGCAAGCAAAUCUACGGCUGAUCUCUAAGUUUGAUACUGUUGAAGACUUUUGGGCUUUAUACAACCAUAUCCAGUUAUCUAGUAAUUUAAUGCCUGGCUGUGACUACUCACUUUUUAAGGAUGGUAUUGAGCCUAUGUGGGAAGAUGAGAAAAACAAACGAGGGGGACGAUGGUUAAUUACAUUGAACAAACAGCAGAGAAGAAGUGACCUUGAUCGCUUCUGGCUAGAAACACUGCUGUGCCUUAUUGGAGAAUCUUUCGAUGAUUACAGUGAUGAUGUGUGUGGAGCCGUUGUUAAUGUUAGAGCUAAAGGUGACAAGAUAGCAAUAUGGACUACUGAAUGUGAAAACAGAGAGGCGGUCACACAUAUAGGGAGGGUAUACAAGGAAAGGCUAGGACUUCCUCCAAAGAUAGUUAUUGGUUAUCAGUCCCAUGCAGACACAGCUACUAAGAGCGGCUCUACCACUAAAAAUAGAUUUGUUGUUUAAGAAGACACCUUCUGAGUAUUCUCAUAGGAGACUGCGUCAAGCAAUCGAGAUUUGGGAGCUGAACCAAAGCCUCUUCAAAAGCAGAGUGGACUGCAUUUAAAUUUGAUUUCCAUCUAAAUGUUGCUAGAUAUAAGAGAAGUCUCUUUCGCCUUUGUCUUGUACUUUUGUUUUUGUUUUUAGGUUUUGUUCUGUUUUUUUUGUUUUUGUUUUUGUUUUUUUUAAUUUUGGCUAGUGUCCACUAUUCCCAAUCAAAGAAUUACAGUACACAUCAUCCCUAGAAUCCAUAAAUGUGUUCCUGGCUCACUGUGUUAUAGUUUAGUAGAAUUAACAUGACAGGUACAUUCUAACCAUCCAAAAUACUGAGAAAAAUCCAACAACUUGCGUUCUCAUAUUUUACAGGAAAAAAAUUGUUAAUGUUCUAUUGUAUUUGGAGCUUAUUUGCUGGUUUAAGAAGAGAGUGAUGCAUCCAGUCUUUUUCUCUUUUAUGGCAUUGUCUCUGCUGUGCUCUUGCUGAUGGCUGCUAGAUUUUAAUUUAUUGGUUUCCCUACUGAUAACAUUAGUGAUUCUGAUUUCAGGUUUUCAUUUCGUUUUGCUUUUGGUUUUCCUCAUGUAACAUUGGUAAAGGAUCCAGGAAUAUGACACAAAGGUGGAAUAAACAUAAUUUUGUGCAUUCUUUGGUAAUUUUUUGUUUUUUUGUAACUACAAGGCUUUGCUACAAGUUUGUGCAUUUCAUUCAAAUCAGUGAUCUAUGUUUGUGUGAUUUCUUAAACAUAAUUGUGGAUUAUAAAAAAAUGUAACAUCAUAAUUACAUUCCUAAUUAGAAUUAGUAUGUUUUUGUAUCUUUAUGCUGUAUUUUAACAAUUUGUAUUUACUUAGGUUAUUUUGCUUUGGUUAAAAAUGGCUCAAGUAGAAAAGCGGUCCCAUUCAUAUUAAGACAGUGUACAAAACUGUAAAUAAAAUGUGUACAGUGAAUUGUCUUUUUAGACAACUAGAUUUGUCAUUUAUUUCUCCCAUCUCUACUUAGAAGGAAUAUGUACUGGUUGCAAGGCAGUUUUUCUGGUGUCUCCCUUUGAGCAGCAGUCGAGCAUUCGAUUGAUUACUAUGUUGAUUACAAGUUUUAAUAAAUUGAAUAGGUAGUAUGAUUAUGGAAUUAAA